AUGGUUGUACUCAUAAAGAACGGCACCGUCGUCAAUGAAGAUGAGAUGUUCAUCGCUGAUGUUCUUGUCAAGAAUGGCAUCAUCGUUGAGGUAGCGCCGUCCAUCAUGUCACAGUACGGGUACCAUGUGUUGGAUGCGACCGGCAAAAUGGUGAUUCCAGGUGGAAUUGAUCCACAAACACAUUUUCAAAAACCGUGGCAAAACUACACCUCAGUGGAUGAUUUCUAUCAUGGCACCCGAGCCGCUUUGGCUGGUGGAACAACAACUAUG